UGUAAAAUAUCAUCACGAUGUUUUUAAUUUUUAUAGUCACGUUUUAAAAAAUAUUUGUAUUUUGAACUAAAAUUACUUAAAUUUUUUAUUCCUUUUAUUUUAUGUUAUUUCCUUUUAUAAUUUGUUGGCGAAUUUGGUAUAAACCUUUAUUGCUGGGUAAUUUUCCCGGCCGAAUAAUUUAAUUUAAUUUAAAGAGUAGAUCAGAAGCCAUUUGCAAUGACACUAGAAGUCAAGGAGGGAAACUUGACUAAUUCAAAUAAUCAUCAAUUAAAUGGGAAUAUAGAAAUAGUUUGUAAUGAUCAUAAGAUACCAAGUGUAGAUCAUGUUGUUAAUGGAAUCGGUAGUCAAGAAGUUAAUUCUGAAAGUACUACAGUUAAUCAUGUAGAUGUUGUCAACAAUAAUGAAUCCCAUAAUGUUGGGAAAAAACAAUUGAAGAAAAAUACCAAGAAAGAUAAAGAUGUAGACACUACAAUUACAGAUCAAAACAUUAACAACAUUUCUCAUAGCGAUGAUAGUUCUGAGGAGAGUACUGAUAAUGAAAAAAAACAAGGUACUGAGAUAAUUUUUAUUCAAGAUCUUGGAUUCAAUGUCAAAAUAGUUUGUCCUGGAACUGAAGCUUUUGAAAUUCAAGUAUCUAGCAUGGAAUUAGUUCAAGAAAUUCACCAAUUACUAAUGGAUAGAGAGGACACUUGUCACCGUACAUGUUUUUCACUACAGCUGAAUGGUAUAACAUUGGAUAAUUUUUCAGAAUUGAAAACUAUUGAUGGCCUUAAAGAAGGAUCUAUUAUUAAAGUUGUUGAAGAGCCGUACACUAUGCGUGAAGCUAGAAUUCAUGUUCGCCAUGUUAGAGACAUAUUAAAAUCAUUAGAAAUGGCAGAUGCUUACAAUGGUGUUGAUUGUAAUUCAUUAUCAUUUUUAAAUGUUGUUACUCAAGAAAAGAAAAAAACUCGGUCUGAAAGUGUUGACUGUACUCCUCCAGACUAUAUAAUGCCAAACAAUAAAGAUCGACCAUUACUUCCCCUGCAUCCGACAUCAAAAGACUUAAAAGGACCUUUAUGCAUAAAGGUACUUACUACUUCUGCAUGGAAUCCUCCACCUGGUUUUCGAAAAAUGCAUGGAGAUUUGAUGUAUAUGUAUGUCAUUACAUUAGAGGAUAAACAUUUUCACAUUACCGCUUGUACCAAAGGAUUUUUCAUUAAUCAGUCUACUAAUGAAGAAUUUAAUCCUAAACCUGCUGCACCAAAUCAUUUAUGUCACUCUUUAAUUGAAUUGCUUAGUCAAGUAAGUCCAGCUUUCAAACGAAAUUUUGCAGCAUUGCAAAAAAAGAGAACUGCUCGUCAUCCUUUUGAACGUGUUGCAACACCUUAUCAAGUAUAUAGUUGGGCUUCUCCAUUACUUGAGCAUACUUUAGAUGCCAUCAGAGCUGAAGACACUUUUUCAUCAAAACUUGGAUAUGAAGAACAUAUUCCUGGUCAAACCCGAGAUUGGAAUGAAGAAUUACAAACAACUAGAGAACUUCCUCGUAAAAAUCUUCCGGAACGUUUAUUGAGAGAAAGAGCCAUUUUCAAAGUUCAUGGUGAUUUUGUAGCUGCUGCUACCAGAGGUGCUAUGGCAGUAAUUGAUGGUAAUGUAAUGGCUAUUAAUCCUGGUGAAGAAGCUAAAAUGCAAAUGUUUAUAUGGAAUAAUAUUUUUUUCUCACUGGGUUUUGAUGUUAGAGAUCAUUAUAAAGAAUUAGGAGGAGAUGCUGCUGCUUUUGUUGCUCCUCGAAAUGAUUUGCAAGGCGUUCGAGUAUAUAGUGCAGUAGACUUGCCUGGAUUAUACACGUUAGGCACAGUUGUUGUUGAUUAUAGAGGAUACAGAGUAACAGCUCAAUCUAUUAUUCCUGGCAUUUUGGAAAGAGAACAAGAACAAUCUGUUGUGUAUGGAUCUGUAGAUUUCGGUAAAACCGUGACUACCAAUCCAAAAUACAUUGAAUUACUUAGUCAAGCAGCACAGCAGUUAAAAAUAAUGCCACAUAAAGUAAUCAGUGAAAAAAGUGAAGAAAUUGAAUUAUGUUCAUCUGUAGAGUGUAAAGGUAUCAUUGGAAAUGAUAGCCGUUAUUAUAUUUUGGAUCUACUUAGAACUUUUCCUCCAGAUGUCAAUUUCCUUUUACUUGAUGAAGAUAUACUUAGUAAAGAAGUAAAAUCUUUGGGAUUUCCUAUUCAACAUAGACAUAAAUUAUGUUGUCUUAGACAAGAGUUAAUUGAUUCAUUCAUUGAUACACGUUAUAUGAUGUUUAUUAAGUAUGCAGCAUUCCAUUUACAGCAUUUAAACUUAUGGAAAAAUCAAAAAAAUGUGGACAGCGUUAUUGAUAAUAGUGCACUGAUUAAAGAAAAAGGAAUUAGUGAUGAAAAUAGUAAACAUGAAGUAGCUGAUGUUAAUAAAAUUGAUAAUAAGGGUGAUGAAAAUACUUUGGAAGAGUCAAUAGAGACUAAGAAAAAAAUUGUGGAAACAAUUACUGAAAGCGUUGUAAAAGAUAGUGAUGAUAAUAGUACUAAAGAAGUUGUUAAAAAAGCUGCUCAAAAGGUUGGCUCACUGAAAGAAACAGAAUUUGAUAUAAGAUUCAAUCCAGAUGUGUUUUCACCAGGUGUAAAGCAUUUUAACCCCGAAUCAGAUCAUUUUAAAUUAGAAAAACAAUUGGUUGUAGAUGCAGCUGAAUAUCUACUGUUAUCUCAAAUUCCAUUGUUUAUUAGAGACUGUAUGGAUCAUUCUUCUGCUCCAAUGGAUGGACAAAUAUUAUCUGAAAAUUUACAUACUAGAGGUAUCAAUAUUCGUUAUUUGGGGAAAAUCGCUGAAAAACUAUCAAAAAUCAAACAACUUGAAUAUUUGUACAGUAUUACUGUUGCAGAAUUAAUUACUAGGGCAGCAAAACACAUAUUCAAUACUUACAUACAAUCAGCCGAGUUGAUGAGUCUAGCUAAUGCAGUUAGUCAUUUUUUAAAUUGUUUUUUGUCAUCGUGUUCAACACCACAUCCUCAGAAUACAUUAGACGAUGUAAAACCAAUAAAAAAGCGUAACAAGCGUAAAGGGAGAUUAAACAGAUUAUUAACAGUAGAUAAUAAAGAUUGGGCUAAUCUUACUCGGCAUGGUCUUUGGUCUCAAAUUCGAGCAGAAAUAAAAUCAUAUUAUGCUUGGGAAUUGGUUUCUGAAACAAUUGAAUCUAUUUGUGAACACUAUGGCACUCAAAAAAUAUCAUUAUUGAGGUCAUUUUGUUUAAAAACUGGAAUUCAGAUACUUUUAAGGGAAUAUUCAUUUGAUUCUAAAAAUCGGUUUACAUUCUUUGAAGAAGAUAUUGUGAAUAUGUUUCCUGUUGUUAAACACAUCAAUCCUAGGGCAACUGAUGCGUUUAAUUUUUAUACCACUGGCCAAACAAAAAUCCAACAAGGGCUUUUAAAAGAAGGAUAUGAUUUAAUUAUGGAAGCUUUAACCCUUUUAAAUAAUGUGUAUGGUGCAAUGCAUCCUGAAAUCGCUCAAUGUUUACGAAUGCUUGCCAGAUUAAGUUAUAUAAUGGGAGAUUAUGGUGAAGCCAUGGCAUAUCAACAGAAAGCUGUAUUUAUGUCAGAACGAGUUAAUGGAAUUGAUCAUCCAUAUACCAUUACAGAAUAUAUUCAUUUAGCUUUGUAUUGUUAUGCAAAUAAUCAAAUAACUACUGCUUUAAAGUUAUUGUAUCGAGCUCGUUAUUUGGCAGUUUUGAUUUGUGGAGAAAAUCACCCUGAAAUAGCUCUAUUAGAUAGUAAUAUUAGUCUUAUAUUGCAUGCAGUUCAAGAAUACGAUCUUUCAUUAAGAUUUUUGGAGAAAGCGUUAGCUUUAAAUAUAAAAUUUUAUGGCCCUAAAUCUUUAAAAGUAGCAGUGAGUUAUCACCUAGUUGCUCGUACUCAAAGUUGUAUGGGAGAUUUCCGUUCAGCAUUGAGCAAUGAAAGAGAAACAUAUGCAAUUUAUAAACAACAAUUUGGUGAAAAACAUGAAAAAACACAAGAGUCAUCAGAUUGUUUGAAACACCUAACACAUCAAGCAGUAGUAUUACAAAAAAAAAUGAAUGAAAUCUAUACAGGAAAAACUGGUGCUACAUUACCUCCUAUACAAAUACACCCACCUUCUAUGGGUAGUGUACUAGAUAUGCUCAAUGUCAUCAAUGGCAUUCUGUAUGUACAAAUUAGUCAGCAAGACUUAGAAAAUUUCAAAGCAGAGGUGGAAAAACGUUCGGAAACACUAGACUUGGUGAAACCAUCAACAGAGCAGGAAUGCACCAGUUGAGUAUUUCCGAAACAUGUAGUAAGCUUGUCUUAUGCUUUCAGUGAUUUAUCGAUUGCUAUAAGACAACUUAAGUAGUCAUUUUGAUGCUCAUUUUUAUUUUGUAUUGUUUAUUUAGUUAAUAUGUUCUUCUGUUUUGUUACUGGAUAUAUAAUAUAUCAUUAUACAUUCUUAAUUUAUAUAAAUGUGUAGAUACAUACACACUCUGUAGUGCCAUUUAUCUAGUAUCUGUUAAUUAGUUCAUAUUUAGUCAUUUUAAUCAUCAUACAAAUUGUUAAUUUCUUAUACUAUAUACAUAUUCGUGUGUAUGUAAUUAUUUAUACAUGCAUAUAUAUAUAUACACAUACAUAUAGAACUGAAAACAUGAGCUACUGGAAUAAAAUAAAAUUAAAAAAAAAAAAAACUACUUUUUUUCUGAUUUUUAUCAAUUAUUAAUAUUGUAAAAGUUUAAAGUUUAACUUCUUUAUAAUUAGUUAAAGUGUCCAAAAGGUAUUAAUAAUGCCAAAGCUCUUGAAGUUUAAAUUCCUAUUUAAUUGUAGCAGUUAAGUAUAAAAUUUAAUAUCAUAUUUGUGUUAUUUAAACCAAUCUCGUACAAAAAUAUUAGACUAACAAAACAAAAUAGCAAUAAU